GAAACUGUCUCACAUCAGCCCCUAUCCCCCAUAACGGUCAAUAGUUCCUCUCAGUUCAACUAUCAAUAGCUUUCACCAAUGAAUCCGUGGCAACCUGAAACCUCUGUGACUGCUCCUAACCUCACUGCUGAACAACAGCAAGCAGUCGAUGACGCCGUGAAAGCACGCACUCAACAACAUGAGUCCAUGUUGGCUAUGCUCAUCGAAGAGGUCCGUACGUUGAAAACCUCGGGGAACACAUCUCAACCCAAAACUACUUCGAAAGCUGCUCCGAAGCCAUCCACCAGCAAAUCUAAAGAGGACGGUCGCCCUAAGCCAAGUAGUCAGCCCAAAAAAAAAACGGGGCCCCGCCAAUCAAUCCCAGCACCACCCCCACCAGCUACCUCCAUGUCAACUCCUAAGAGAGCGGUUCGCGCAACUUCAGCUCCCCCUGAAGUCGGAAACCCCAAGCCACGCAAGUCCAACAAGCAUUCCAAGAAGCUCGAAGUCGUUAAGGCACCAUCCCCAAGACGUCACCCCCAGCAGAUGGUAACUGGUGAUUUUCCUCCGGAGUUUCUUACAACUAAGAACGCACUAUUUGUACACAUCAAGAUCUUAUGGGGACUUUUAACGCAAGACUCAGUGCCACAAGCUCCAGAUUUACAAACCCUUCAAGAGUUCUACCAGCGGUUCUCAAACAACGAUCAAGUUGAAGAAGCCGCCAAGGGGAGUUUGUCUCCUGCACUUAUUGGUUCUCACGAGGUUCAGCUGUUCAAAGGCGCUACUUCGGGAUCAGUUAAAUUUGGCCGGCAAGUCAUCCACUUAGGCUCCAACAAUAUUCGCUACGCCCAAGGUCUCAUGGUGCGCCUUGGCUUGCGCGUCUGGUGCCCUAACCUGGAAGAAGAUUCUGCUUCAUUAUACAAUGCAGCCCAUCGGAUUGCGGCCAUCACCACCUUUCAAGAAUUGGUUGCCGGCAGAGCGUACAACUACAUGAACGUCAACCCGAUUUUGGCCACCAACUCCGCUCUAAUAAUCCAAGCCUACAAUCACUACGUCCAUUUUGUAAUGCUUGCAAAAUACCAGAAGGAAAAAAAAGAAGAAGGAAAGGCUGCUGCGGAAGCCCUGAACAAGAGGGUUUCCAAGAACCGAGAGAGAUUGCGAGAUGCACGAGUAGAGUUUGCUGUUGUGAGCAAGUUUCCCAAGCGAUAUCAAGACAUCCUCGCACCCAUUGCAGCCCACAGCGAUGACGAGCUUGACGGCAAAAAGGGAUUCUACAAAAUCAAGACCUUGUGUUACCGCUCAAAAAACGCCAGCAAGUUCUUCCGUGCUUUAGACAUUGCAAUGAAGAAAGCUGCCGAGCAAGACCCAUCAACCCACGGAAAGCGAAGAAUCCGUAAACUGCCCAAAACCCCGGUCCCUUCAAAAUACACCGUGGCUCCAAAAGGACUUCCGAUUGACUUUUACGAUCCUCAGUGGUAUCAACAGCUGUCAGAAGUUCAACAAAAAACAAUCCCAAACACUCAGAUGGUUGCCUUUCUUCCGAAUGCCAGCGAGUCGUUACAGCCCAAGAAACAACGACAUCCGGAUGAGAAGCUCAAAGACUCCUCUUUCAACCGCAAGUACUGGGACAUGCUGGUUGGGCCUUAUGGCCUGUUGGGAGGCGAUUCGGAUGGGUCUUCUGAUAGCGAGCCAGAGGAGGGAGAACCGGCAGCGAAUGGGAACGGUGGUGAUGACUCUGAGGGGGAAGGGCACGACCUGGAUGCAACUAGCCCCGAUGUAUCAGAGGACGAGUACCUUGACGAGGGGGAGGCAGGCGAUUUGUAUGACGAGAACUUUGUUGUGGAGGACGGGGAGGGUGAGGAAGACGAUGCAGAAGAGGGUGAGGAUGAGGACGAAACCGACGACGAGGACGAUGAAGAUUGGAAUGAACCAAGUGGCAGUUCAAACAUUGACCAAGAUGUCCACAUGAGCUCCGCCAAAUAUGGAGUUGACCAAAAAAUGCUUGGCAUCAUGGAAGAGGAGGAGGACGGCUGGUGAUCCAUUUACUUUUUCUACUGCUGCUUGCUCUCUCUUAGUUUACUACCGUGAUAUUUGUGCUAUUGUGCACAUUAAAA